AUGUCAAGUACUUCUCCACCAUAUAAACGUGCCUUACUUCACGUUUCGUUAGAUGCAUUCUCCUCAUUUAAUGAAUAUUACCAAGAGCUUGUUUCAUUGGCAGUUGGUCGUGUCUCGGAAGCGUUGACUAUAUAUGUAUUUAGUCCCGAUAUUCAGAGAUAUAAAGAUGUACCUUUCAUGUGUUGGAAGGAGGUUCAUGAUGUUUUGAGUUUGAUUUAUGUGAGUGCCACUAAAGCAGCUCAUGAUAAUUUCUUUCCGUUAUUGGACGUUGAUGUAGUUUUCGAAGAGUGGUGUGGAUAUCCGAUUGAAUUAAGUGAUGAUGAACAGUUUGAAGUGAUAUUUGGUGAACGAGAAGAUUGUUAUAAUCUUCAAAAGUUUAAUGAAAAUCGUAAAAACUCGAAUCUCUCAGAAUUACCGAUCCAACUGUUAACAUCAAGAUCACAAAGUGAUAGCCUUACUACGAGUCAUGAUAACACAUCAAUUGCAGGCAAUUCGUUACAAUCAUCAAUCAUGAAAAAAACACGAUUUAAUCACGUAGCAGUUGGCGGAACAUUUGAUCAUUUACACGCCGGCCAUAAAAUCCUAUUACACAUGAGCGUGUGGAUCACCAACAAACGUUUGGUGUGUGGCGUGACCGCGGAAAACAUGUUACAAAACAAAAAGUACAAAGAAUUUUUAGAGCCAAUUGAUACGCGAAUUUCCAAAGUGUUAAAAUUCUUGAGAAAACUAAGAAGCGAGGCGUUUAUUCAAUAUCAAGUUGUACCUAUUUAUGAUAUUUAUGGUCCAACUGCUACUGAUCCGGAUAUUGAAGCGAUAGUGGUGUCGAAGGAGACUAUGGCGGGUGCUAAUUCAAUUAACGAGGAGCGUAAGAAACGUUCAUUUAAAAAACUCGAUUUGGCGGUGAUCGAAGUGAUAUCCUCCACGAAUCCCUCAUUAGGUGAAGUCGAAUUAAAAAACUUGAAGCUAAGCUCGACUUAUAUUCGCGAGUAUUUAUAUAAAAAACAGACUACCGUUAAAUCGUCAACUAAUUUGUGA